GGGGCCUCGCUCGGAGGGGGCUGCAAGGAGGGACAGGAGAAGAUUGGAUCCUCCGUGUUCAGGCCAACUGCGCCGAGGUCGGCCUGGCAGUCCAGUGAAGCCCCAGCGACCGAGACACCACAGCGACAGCUCCCCGUGGAUUUAAUCUCGGUACCGUCCGCCGGUGGAGUGAGUGAGCCCGCUCCGCGAGACCGUCUUGCGCACCAGCAGCUGUCAGGCUAUUAACGACCAAAACCCCGCUUGGUAACCGCUACAUCUGGAUUUAGGAAACACCGCUCGGACCUAAUCGAGUUACCGGCUUGACACGGCUGCAGGGCGGCCACAAAGCCACGGAUCGCCCGUUGACAAGUUGUCAUCAUGGGCAACGCGCCCACGGCCAGGAAAGGCAGCGAGAUGGAAAGCGUCAAGGAGUUCCUUGCUAAAGCCAAAGAGGACUUUCUAAAGAAGUGGGAGAGCCCUGCACAGAACACCGCCGGCCUGGAGCAGUUUGAGAGGUUGAAAACCCUGGGCACGGGCUCAUUUGGCCGUGUGAUGCUUGUGAAGCAGAAAGAAACGGGACAGCAUUAUGCCAUGAAGAUCCUCAACAAGCAGAAGGUGGUGAAGCUCAAGCAAAUAGAGCACACUCUGAAUGAGAAGAGGAUUCUUCAGGCUGUCAGCUUUCCUUUUCUGGUGCGGUUAGAGUACUCGUUCAAGGACAACACUAACCUCUACAUGGUGAUGGAGUAUGUACCCGGUGGAGAGAUGUUCUCCCAUCUACGGAGAAUUGGCAGAUUUAGUGAGCCUCACGCUCGGUUCUACGCUGCUCAGAUCGUUCUCACCUUUGAGUAUCUUCACGCUUUGGACCUGAUCUACAGAGACCUGAAACCUGAAAACCUGCUCAUAGACCAACAGGGCUACAUACAGGUGACAGACUUUGGCUUUGCCAAACGCGUAAAGGGCCGGACCUGGACACUGUGUGGCACCCCAGAAUAUCUGGCCCCAGAGAUUAUUCUCAGCAAGGGGUAUAACAAGGCCGUAGACUGGUGGGCGCUGGGCGUACUGGUCUAUGAGAUGGCAGCAGGGUACCCGCCUUUCUUUGCUGACCAGCCCAUUCAGAUCUAUGAAAAGAUCGUAUCAGGGAAGGUGCGUUUCCCAUCUCACUUCAGUUCAGACCUGAAGGACCUCUUGAGGAACCUGUUACAGGUGGAUCUAACAAAACGUUACGGGAACCUCAAGAACGGAGUCAACGACAUCAAGGGACACAAAUGGUUUGCAACCACUGACUGGAUUGCCAUCUACCAGAAAAAGGUGGAAGCUCCCUUUGUUCCCAAGUUCAAAGGACCAGGUGACACCAGCAACUUUGACGACUACGAGGAGGAGGAGAUCCGUGUCUCCUUCAAUGAGAAAUGUGCCAAGGAGUUUGCUGAGUUCUAGAGAUAGAGAGCGCGAGAGGAAGAAAGAAGGAAGUAGGGAGAGUCAAAGGUAGGCUGGUCAAGUGGGAGACGUACGGAGAGAGUACUGUCUCCUGUCCAAUCACAAGCACCAGCUACAACAAGAGGGGGAAAUAGGAUAGAGAAGGUCAAAAGAGCAAGGAGACUGAUAACCAGCAGUGUUGCCUUUUCUGUUGCGUUUCUGUUGUAUUUUAUUUAUGAUUCUGUCUUACUUAUGGAUCCCUUUACAAUGAAGGCGUGCUUCUGAUUCAAGGGUGUUGGGAACCCCACUUAUUUAGAGUUGCCUCAACACAUUUUCACCCAAGAUCUUCCCUCCUCUUGUAUUGUUUCGAUCAUCAUUUCAUCACUUUUAGGCCCCAUCACAGAGAAAUGAGUCCGUCUGUUCUAGUCUCCUGCGGUCGGUUGUUCAUCACAUGAAUCCUAUAGAGUCGAUCAAGUUGAGGUCUCAGUCUGCACAAAAGUUUCUUCAAUUUAAACUGAUAACCCGGCCAGCUUGCUCUCUGUCUCUGUCUCUCUGGUGAGCAAGAGGAGCAUUUAAUUGAACAUUUGAAUGAAUCACACUUGUAUGCACUUAAAUAACUUUUGUCAUUUAUUCUUUAAGUAUUUAAAUCUUUGCCGUUUCAUAUCGUAGACAUCAUACCUCGAGUCACCGGCAUUAUUGGCCAAAAGAAAAACAUGAAGAUGAUGCAUUGUCUACUCAAAGAAGUUGGUGUCAGAGACAAAUGACACUUCAGGGGGAAGAAGUCAGUUAAGUUUACUGUGUAACUCCAUCUAUACUUCUUAUCAUUGUUUGCGUAGCCAGGCAUUGUGCCACAAUUUUUAAAUGUUACUUGAUACUAGUUGCUCCAAUUAUUUCAUGUCACGCAAACAAACAAGGAAAUUUGGAUAAGGGAAGUUUCAAUAGUGUUGUGAAGGAACACCAUAACAUAAUGGUAUCUCAGGUUUGAACAUAUCACUUAAUAAGACAUUUUAUCAACAUUAAACAUUAGGGUUAGCAGGUCAAGAAGAUGUGUGAGACACUUGCUUAUGUUAUAGAUUUGGGAAUUUAAAGUUCUGGUGAGCACUAAGAGGAACGAAAGGGAAUAUUAAGACUUUUAGUUAGGGUAUUCCACAAUUUUCCCUUCCAGAGGAUUUGGUUUCGAUAACUCGACAACUGUUUGGUCCUAAAAGCUCUCGCUGUCUAUGCUCAGAGCUCAUUUACUAGUCAAGCUGAUGCAGCAUUUUGAAUCAACCAUUCGGCCCUUGCCUACUCCAGUUCGAAGAGACCAUCCGAGGCAGACUACCUCCAACUGCCUCUGGCUGGUAGUCACUGGAACACUUUGAGCAGUCACAGGUGGUCUGGAUAUUGUGCUUCAUGGUCUUUUAUAGACACCUGUGUUCAUCUCCACAGCACAGCACUUACAUGUGCCAGCAGCUCUUUUCCCAUCUCUGUGUUUACAUGCACAGUUUUUGUUUAAUUCUGUUUUCCAUGUGGUGAUGAUGUAAAGAGGACUGCUACUCCAUUGAAGAAGUUAGGAAAAGGUCUUAGGUUGAAUAGAGGUCGGACUGAAAAGAGACAAGAAUGAUCUCAGCGCUCAGUAUACAAGCUGCCUGUUUUAAAGUGCACGACACAUAGCAGCACUUCAGGUGUCCAACGCCUAAUUAGCACCUGAGCUAUGAUGGCAAACUACUUAAGCAAUGCCCAAAAUGUUGGUCAUUGUAGGAUUUGGUCAUUCAGAAUUUAUAAAUAGUGUCUAUUUCAAACAUUCAAAUGCCUUCUUCAUAGCUGUGUUUUAAUGUGCCACCAUGAUGAAGAUGAUCUAUCUUGGUUCAAACAGGCACUCUGGUUUUUCUCUGAUUCCAGAUUAUUUGAACGAGUCCUUCCUGUCCACAAAAAGUUGAGAUGUCGGGAAAUGUAACAAGCUUUUUUUUAAACUUACACAUUUGUAAUGUGCAACUGUGUGUGUGUGUAAAUCAAAUGAUACACACACAAUUACAUUUAUAGUCUCAUCAAAUUUAAAAUGACCAACCAUCAAGGAAUAUUUACAGUGGGCUAAAAGACCUGUUUCAGAUCAUUUUUAGAUCUAUGUAGCCCAACGUCCAGAGCAGGGUUAACUAGCUAUAGGGCCCCAAACCCCUAUUGCCCCACCAUUCCUCCCUCUGUCUGUACAUUAUGUACAGUAUCACUAUGCUGGAAUAUUACAUGGCCCCAGGUUUACUGUGUGCUAAUUUGAUUUAAACAAAUUAAUUGAGGAAAUUGCACCAUGUAAGCACAGCACUAGCAAACUUAAUGGAGGCCUUAAAGGGACAGUGAUUUAGUAUAGCACUUCCAUAAAACCCUAGAUAUCCUAAAGUUUAUGCCAUGUUCGUGACAUAUGAGAUGGAUGGUUUGACAACUUCACAGGCUGAGGAGUCGUCCACAUGAGUAGUAAACAGACUUUGGCAUGUCAAAUCGAGUGGGUCCAGGACACCUCUCAGACGGGGACUCAAAUUGAAGUAGCAUCUAUCUCAAGUCCCUUCAUGGUGUCCGUUGAUAUUGUGCUUAAUAAAUCCCAAACAGAGUUAAUAUGAAUCAAAUCACCACAAACUAACUGCUUUGUGUGAACUCUGGGCUUUUGGAGUCAGGGGCCCUGCAGUUGGCCCUUUGCCCGGUUGGUAAUCCGGCCUCACUAAUGUCCAGUAAAAAGGCUUUUGCCUGAAAGACAGAGUCACACACACAAGGCAACCGACUCGUGACCAAAAGGGUUCAUCCCCUCUCCUGUAUUACUUACUACUCUUCAGAUUCUUCUUUCUCAUUGAGAGAGGCGGAAUAACAUUUCAUUGAUCAAUCCCAAGUCAAAAUCAUAACGGCAGAUAGAUGGUGGCAAGAGCUACAAGGUACCACUUGUAGUUAUCAGCUGGCUUAUUGGAUAUGAUGGACUAUUUUUUCUGACCUUUUUUUGUUAUUAUUAUUAUUAUUAUUAUUAUUAUUAUUAUUAUGACAUUGUUGUAAACCACUUGUUGAGACUUCACAUUCGCUGUAUUUCCUCCAUGUCGAGUUUAAUGUUGACUAUAUCACCAUGGACAAAAUUGAAGUUAUGAUACAAUAUUA